GUCAGUCUGUCUUGAAUUUGUCUAUUAGGAGGGUGAUGGGGUCAUCUGGUUGCUGCUCCGAGAUAGUCGAGUCCACUGAAGAAUUGGAUAAUGCACCUGUUAGUGGCUCCAGCUUGCUGCAUAUUAAAGUGAAACCCGAGGAGAAAGAUGGAAAGUGCCGUGGUUACCCCGUGGAAGAUGAGCUCGACCAGCUCCUUAAGGCAAUCGAUAGCAGGACAUACCGCCGAGCACUUAGUCCUGGCCAGGCUGGUGCAGAUACUCUGUUGAAGAAUGCUCAAAAGAAAACGUCUAGGUCAGGGUCAUCUCAAAAUACAGGGAUCGGGAUAUGCUCCAAACCUGUUAAUAUGAAGCAGGCGCUGAGAAGGCUUUGCAUUUCCCAGGCAUCAGAAAUGGCUGCCAUGAAGAGGUUGUCGAUGUCGCCUGGGUCAUCUAGUUCAUCUGAAGCAGGGACUAUCCACAGGCUCUAUGCCUCCUUGAUAGUCCAGAGCAGUGAUGAAAGCCCUCUGCAUGAUGACGACAAGACAAACUUGAUUGAAAUAUCAAUCACUCCGCAAAAGAUUAGUAAGAAUUCAUCUAGAGGAACAAGUGACUUCAGUGAAGACUGUGAUUUUGAGACAGCUGAUGGAAGUGCAGUCACCUCCCUGCAUUCUGCAUCUUCUACCUCAGCUGAUAUACGGAAGAUCAGGAUCCAAGAUGUCAUGGGUGGUGAUCCUAUAGACAGCGAGAGCUCCUUUGUGGAAAAUGGAAAAUUGGGUGAAAACGUUUCUGCAGCCACUGAUGAUAGCUCUCCCAGACUCACUAUACUGAGCAAACCCAUCACAACAUCCCGGCUCGUGAAGCCAGUAUUUCGGUGCAAGACGAACAGUAAGAGUAAAAUGAAAGAAGAACAAUCUUCACUGGGUAAUUCCUCCAAUAGUACUAAAUUCUGCUCUUCAAAGGAGUCCAUUUCCCUUGCAUCAACGAGUUGCUCUUCAGCAUCCAGUAUUACAAACCCCACCAGCUGUGCGGAAGAACAGAAGACGAAUACAGAGCCAGAAAUAUCUGAUGAGAGAUCAUCUGAAUGGUUAAGAACACAGGAAAAGGGUGAGUGUUCUCAGAAUUCAAAGAGCAGCAUUAGUGAGUAUGGAUGUAGCACUAGUAUCAGCGAUGAGAGCCAAUUUGGAUUAUGUGGCUAUACCAACAGGCCCCACAUGGCGAAGGAUAUCCGUUGGAUAACCAUUCGCCAGCUGGCAUUGCAACAGGGAUCCUUAGGACUCGACAACUUCAAGCUUCUAAAGAGACUUGGAUGUGGGGACAUUGGAACUGUAUAUCUCGCUGAGUUGGUUGAUUCAGACUGCUUGUUUGCCUUGAAGGUUAUGGAUAUUGAGUAUCUGAUUAGUAGAAAGAAGAUGCUGCGGGCACAGGCUGAAAGAGAGAUACUGGAAAUGCUGGAUCAUCCAUUUCUUCCUACACUUUAUGCCCAUUUUACCACGGACAAUCUUUCAUGCUUGGUCAUGGAGUACUGUCCAGGUGGUGAUUUGCAUGUUCUUCGUCAAAGACAACCUGGGAGAAGCUUUCCGGAGCCAUCUGCCAGGUUUUAUGUUGCAGAAGUUCUCCUUGCACUGGAAUACCUUCACAUGCUGGGAGUCAUAUAUCGUGAUCUUAAGCCAGAGAAUAUCUUAGUCCGCGAUGACGGUCACAUCAUGCUAUCAGACUUUGAUCUCUCGCUAAGGUGCUCUGUUAACGCUGUGCUCCUGCGGUCAUCCUCUGUUGCAGUAAAUCAACAACCAAAGAAGCUUGCAGGACCUUGUGCAGAGAGCUACUGCAUAAAUUCUUCAUGCCUACAGCCCUCUUGUGCCCAAACGUCUUGUUUCCGGCCACGUCCCUCGAAUCCAAAGUCUCGGAAACCUAAAUCUUCUCUGAAGAGGCUGCCUCAACUUGUUGUGGAACCUACAGAAGCACGCUCCAAUUCCUUUGUUGGCACACACGAGUAUCUCGCGCCAGAGAUCAUCAAAGGGGAUGGUCAUGGGAGUGCUGUUGACUGGUGGACCUUUGGGGUCUUCCUUUACGAACUUUUGUAUGGGAAGACACCCUUCAGAGGUCCUGGGAAUGACGAAACGUUGGCAAACGUUGUUUCCCAGAAUCUCCGGUUCCCAGACAAUCCAGUGGUCAGCAGCAACGCCAAGGAUCUCAUCAGAGGUUUGCUAGUCAAGGAGCCAGAGAAUAGACUGGGAACGUUGAGAGGAGCAGCUGAGAUCAAGCAACAUCCAUUCUUUGAAGGCUUGAAUUGGGCAUUGAUACGAUCUGCUGCCCCACCAGAAACACGGCCUUGUGAUGUAGUGACUCUUGCGACAGUGAAGAAGAAGAAAGAAGGCAAAUGCCUCGAUUUCAGGAGUACCGAGGAGUUGGAAUUUGAAGUCUUUUAGCAAGGUCUUGGUACACUUCAUCACUAUUUCGCCGAUAGAGCCUACAAUUUUUCUUUUGAGUAGCCAAAGGCUGGGGGUGUACAUGUAGAUCCUUGUAUGUUCAGUUACUACUAUAUAUGUUCCUGUUAAUAGGUGUCGCAAUUAAAAGGAAUGAUCAAAGCCCAUGACAUCAUUAUUGUCGCAUGAUGGUUUCUUCUCUUGGAGGCUCCAGUAGAUUUAGUUAGACCUGCUCCUAUUGUGCAGUCAAAUACUGCUGAAGCAUGUAAGAUUUGCUGCCUUGCUAUUUCUUACUGCAAAGAAGGAAAAAGUUUACGUUUCUUCUCAAA